AUGUCACCCACCAUGCUCUUCACCUUGUUCUGGGCCUUCGCACUAUGGCUCCUCGAGAGGUUCGGCACCCUAUCCUUCGAUAAUCAGCUUUUCACCUGCUACAUUAUCUACGACACACUCUCGGAGCCUAUCAGCAACUUCUACGCCGUCUGCACGUAUGAGAACGUUGAGACAUGUGGUUUCAUGGUACUUUUAGGUCUUAUACUCAUGCUCCUCGUCGCUUGGGACUUCGAAUUCAAGACGGACAACUUCUGGGAAUGGCUUGACAAUGGUUGCACUGCCCGAGCUCCUCAACAUUAUCGCCAGAAUACCGCCGAUGAUAUUCAUCUACCUCCUACCGCACCAACUCAACUGCCUCCAACGCCGCCUUCAGCAACCGAUAAAAAUCCUACACCUCCUACCUUAUCACCUCAACCCUCUGCAAACCCACCUUGCUACUGGCCUUUUCCAAACCUAGAUUGUACCGGUACCGGCGAGUCAUUUCUCCCUUGCAAUCGGUACAGCAGUAAGCCAGACCCGACCAUUCAGUACCCUCCCCGCUGGAAGCACACAUUUCUCGACGAAGAAAAUGAGAUGAAGUAUGGUUCCAGGCGUGUAUUCAAACCGCAUUAUGGCUACGAGUGGAAGUUCAUUCCAACUGCAAGUGAGGCUACAGUCGCCGUGCAAUCCAUCAUUGAGGAGCCGGGAACACCCCAGGGCUUUAUUGCCGCUGAGCGUAGGCCUGCUCAGAAAGAGGUAGCCGCUACACCUACCCAUAAGGUUGUGGAUCCUCCUGUUGCUCGCCCAUAUCAACCUUCAGCAGCUUCUACGCCGGUCUCUGCUCCUACCACCAGUCCUCCCGCUGCGCCCACUCGAAUUCCUCCGCAAGUACCUAUUUUGUCAUCCGGUCCGCCUGUCCAGAUCCUCCAGGCUCAAUCUACUCCAGCCAGCCAGCCACCAGCUCAGCCGUCCUUCGAUGACAUGGUCGCUUUCGCCUUUAGCUUCUUCGCCGGCAUGUCAGAUGAGCUCAAGACAGCGUUGCAGGCAUUCAUCCUCGUCUCGUCCAUGCAGGAAUACCAGGAGCCUGCUGAUGCCAUCCGCAGCCUAAUCGAGAAGGCGUACAAGUCUCUCCAAGUGUUCUUUCCAAACGGACUGACUGCAGAUCAGUCUGUUCACAUGGGUUGGAAUGUCAUGAUUCUGGAUUUCUGGGGCCUCAUAAUUCCACAUGGCUAUGCCAUCCAGCAGGAAGCGCCUCAAGUUCUAGUCACAUUCCUGGGUGAUUUCUUCCUUUUCGGUCAGUAUUUGGGACUGCCGCUUCGGCCCCUUGACUGCACUCCCCCACCGUCUCGACGCCCACCAAUUCAGCUCCGACCUCAACAGCCUCCGACCCAGCCUCCGUCUCAACCAAUCCCUCACCUUCCAUCUCAACCUCCUCCACCAACGCUGCGAGCCCCUCCAGCCUACCCUGUGCAGCAGCCAACCAAGCCUGCAAAAGACACGAAAGGGAUCCAGGCACCCUCCGAGGCAGGACCUUCGGUGCCGCGGGCGGCAUCGAAGGUCUCCAAGACCACACAAAAGCAGCCUAUGCAGCCGAAGGUGUUCGACUUCGACACCUAUCUCUGGUUCCAGGCAACGAAUAGGGAGCUGAAUAGGCUCACCCGCAGGUCCUUCGGAUGGAAUGAGGCAAAUGUGUGGCAGUAUUCGGGCGCAAAAGACCUCGUGUUGAGCGAUUCCCGGCGCAAUUGGGCAGAUAGCUCGUUUGUGAAGAUGGAGUUGACCAAGAAGGUACCUGCGUUCAAGCGUGCGGCAGUGGUUCUCCGCAUGCAAGCGAAAGCAGGUGCCCUCUUGGAUCACGCUUCAUCUGCGCCUCUACUCGAUGAGGUAACGGGGUUCAUCAAGCAGGCAGCAGAGAUGACUGCUGCUUGUGGUGGCAUGGACCCUGUCAAGCCAUGGGAAGAUUGGUACAGGGCUUGCUAUUACUUCAACAGUGAAGUUUUUGAGGAGAGGACUGUAUAUCGUCCUCUUCGCGAGCAGUAUGGGACGCUUGUAUGGAACCGCUUCGACGAUCAGUGGACCGCCGUUGAUAAGAAGUGGCUUCCUGACGAUGACUAUGAGUGA